CCGAAUAAUCUGCGACGACAGUAGUUCGACACCCAGCGGGCAGUCCGGUACCGCCACCACCCCACUCAGCGGCGCGCGCCGCUCGGCGAUGUUUCGGAUUAUCGUGGCGAAGAGAUCUCGGACAUGCAGGAUUGCAGGAUUGCAGGAAUGCAGGAAUGCAGGAUUGCGAUUGCAGGAUCCGCGGAUCCCAUGGUCGGAUCCCAUGGUCGGGACUGGGCCAGCCAUGCCCGGUCGGCUGGCUGUGGCUGUAGCUGUGGCUCUGGCUCUGGUUGUGGCUCUGGCUCACGGCUCUGGCUCACGGCUCUGGCUCACGGCUCCGUCUGGCUCGCUCUGGCUCUGGCUCGCUCUGGAGUAGCAGCGCCAAGAUCUGGCCGGUCGGAGGAAUGUCGGGACGCCAUGGCUGGCUGGCAGGCUGGUAUGCCAUGUAUGCCUGACGGUCUGGUGGUCUGGCGGUCUGGCGGUCUGGCGGUCUGGCUGUCGGAGUCUGGACUUUGCUUGCUUGGCACCGCGUCAGCCACUCGCGUCAGUCGCAGGCGCAGGUCGCAGGCGCAGGUCGCAGGUCGCAGGUCGCCGGCUCGCACGUCGCACGUCGCGCUCGCGCAAGCAGAUGCGUGACAUCAGCCUGCGUCGGAUCGUCGUAUAGACUCCGCCGAAGCAG